AUGUCCAGUAAUGAUGCGCGGCGGAACUUUGGCCGGUUUGUGCGCCGCUGGAACGACGCGCGGCUGCGCGACGCGUACUAUGCCGGGACCGUCGAGGCGCCGCGCACACGGCACCGCUGGUUUUCCGGGCGGGGCAGCAUGUCGCCGCCCCGCAAGCCGGCGGCCGAGCGGAAGAGUGCGUCGCCGCCCCGCACAACGGCCAACCGGCGGAGCGCAUCGCCGCCCCGCAAGACGGCGGGCGACCGGCAGUACGAGCGCGAGCAGGCGCACGACGCCGCGCAGCGCGCCGCCAAGGCCGAGCGGCGUGUGGCGCGGCGCGAGACAAAAGAGUGGAUCGAGGAGCAGGCGCCCCGUGCGACCGGGCGCGACGCGCUGCACGAAAAGCGGCGCGAAAAGGCGGCGUCGCACCGCGCGAUGGCCGAGCGCCACCAGCUCGACGACGAUGUCGCGGACGGCAUGUCGACUGACGCACUGCUCGGCACCGGCAACUCGUUCCAGGACGCACUCGCUGAGCGCGACCGUGCCGAAGGACGGCGCUCGACGCGGUCCCAGGAGCGACAGGCCGACCUCGAAAGAGGACGCGACGAUGGCCAUGCUCCGCUCGGUACGUCCUACCCCUAA